UCAUAUGACUGGACUCUGAUAACAAAACUGGGGAGCUGUUGACAGGCAUCAUGAAGAAGGUAGACCAUGAAUAGCUUGAUCAAGCCUCCUCAGAGAAAUGACGAUACGUACGAAGUGACAGAAGAGGAAACAACUGGCAAAAUUGAAGGCACAAACACAAGCCUAGUUGUCGCAGGUCAGCCGGCUGAGAAAUGAGCAUCUUACCCGAUUCUGCCUUAGCCCCCGACUGCUUCGCCCUGGCCUACUUACAUGCCCUCCGUCUCUCUUUCUUUCUCACCCUCUCUCAGAUCGCAAACAACUUCAAAGGCCAGAUUCCACAUCUGUUCCUCGGGGGUUCUCGUUUGCCGUGUCUUCUGCAGUUUUUAAAGGGCUAUUAUCUUGCUAGGAUCUGUCUGCCAUUCUGGGCGUGCUCUAUUUCCACCUCUCUUACCCUUUGCCCUCACCCCUCUUCCCCUCCUCCCUCCCUUCAAUUACCACACAGCACCCCUUCCUCCCUACCUCCUCCUCCCCGCGAAUUUCGGACAACACCUCCUCCUGGCUUAUCAUACCUGAACUCAGAACAGCAAACUCUGCUCCUUCCUCCUAGUGAUCAUUGCCUCUGCGACCCUUCCUCCGCGCGCACGCCAUUUUCGUGACUUCCAGCACAUGGUACACGAUCGUCUCGCAGCGAACAACUUUGGUCGCAAAUAAUCAAGUGAUCCAUCAAUUGUCUGAAUGACGACCCAUCCUCUCGAGAAUCUCAUUCUUUUUCGCCUUAGCCUUAGUCUGGCGCCACAUCCGGCUACGGGAGCGCAGAC